UCAGCCACGGGAGCUGAUGCAAGUGGCUGGAACCUCUUUUCGUACUCUAUAAUCUAAUGCACUUAGCGAGCCAAUGAAUAUGUGGGGAAGGAGGGGCUUUCUGGCUGAGGGGCUCUGUGCAGGGGAACAGCUGUUGAGCAGCAAAACCUUGCCCAGAGCCAGGCAAACACACUCAUUCACAUCCUCAGUGGCUCUGUGCAUCCAGGGCUGGCACAGCCAGCUACAGCCCUCCUCCUCCCUCGGCAGAAAGUGAGCAAACUUGCACAGAGAAGCAGAAAGGACAACGAAUCUCAGCUGUGAACCAUUUUCAGAUCCAGCAUUGCAGCUCCAGCAAUGGCCUGGGUCAGUAAUUUCUCCUGGUUAAACCACCUUGUUCUGCACGAGGAACGUCUCAGGGGGUACUUGAACAGCACUGAGGACUAUUUAACCUUCCUGUGUGGGCCCAGACGGAGCCACCUGUUCCUGCCCAUGGCUUUGGUGUACUCUGUGAUCUUUGUUGUCGGGGUGGUUGGGAACUUCUUGGUUUGCCUCGUCAUCCUCAAGCACCGCAACAUGAAGACCCCGACCAAUUAUUACCUGUUCAGCCUGGCGGUCUCCGACCUGCUGGUGCUGCUUUUCGGGAUGCCCCUGGAAGUCUACGAGAUGUGGAGCAACUACCCCUUCCUGCUGGGGCCCGUGGGCUGCUACCUGAAGACGGCUCUGUUCGAGACCGUGUGCUUCGCCUCCAUCCUGAGCGUGACGACGCUGAGCGUGGAGCGCUACAUCGCCAUCCUGCACCCGUUCCGCGCCAAGCUGGACAGCACGCGCCGCCGCGCCCUCCGCACCAUCCUGGCCCUCUGGCUGCUCUCCGUGCUCUUCGCCCUGCCCAACACGGGCACCCACGGCAUCGUGCUGCAGCACUUCCCCAACGGCACCCUGGUGCCCGGCUCUGCCACCUGCACCGUGGUCAUGCCCCUGUGGAUCUACAACUGUAUAGUGCAGAUCACCUCUUUGCUCUUCUAUGUGCUGCCCAUGGGGGUGAUAAGUGUGCUGUACUAUCUGAUGGGGCUAAGAUUGAAAGGAGAUGAAUCUUUGGAAGUGGAGGAAAUGGCUGUGAAUGUUCAGAGGCCAUCCAGGAAAUCAGUCACCAAGAUGUUGUUUGUCCUCGUGAUAGUUUUUGCCAUCUGCUGGGCUCCAUUCCACAUAGACCGACUUUUCUUCAGCUUUGUUGUGGAAUGGACUGAGCCUUUGGCCAACACCUUCAACUUAAUUCAUGUGGUGUCAGGUGUUUUCUUUUACCUGAGCUCUGCCACAAACCCCAUCAUUUACAACCUGCUGUCCCAGCGCUUCAGGAUGGCUUUCCUCAGUGUGAUCUCUCCUUGCUGCAAGCACUGUGCCCGUAAACAUCCCACCUGCAAGAUUUCAUCCCAGAAGAGCAUGUUUGUCAUUCAGAAUCACAAUCUCAUGGACUCUGCUGAAAACACGAGUUUCCCUGGCACUCACAGGGCAUCUGUCAGCAGCUCUCAGCUCUCCACUGGCCUGUGACUUCCCAAGUUGUGAUCCAGGUGAGAGAGAAGGUUAAGAAAAUCACUUUAAGAAACUAAAGCAGAAGAAAACCUCCUGAAAGACUGAUUUCAGCAAGAAUUCUCAGGAGGUGUCCCACUGAAUGAAUGAAGGAGGAGGCUGUAUCUAGGAUGUGUUGGAGAAGCACUGUAUUACCCCCAAGCUAAUGGGAGGGCUGGAAAUCUGAGUUUGCUCACUGCAAGCUGUGCCAGCAAAGAGCUGCUUUAAAGGGUGAGAGACACUCCCUGUGCUGCCAGCACGGGAGAGAGAAUCAGCUUAGCCAAGUCUUAACUAAACAGCUUCUUGUGCAGCAACUGAAAUGUCAGUUUUUACUUAUUUUGAAGCAGGACAAUUUUCUGCAUAAGCCUUCUCUACCCACUUCUAGCUUUAGGUAAACCAGUCCCACUUCCCUCUGCUCCAGCCUUCUUGAGGUAUGGCUGCUGCAAACCUCUCCUGUCAACAUCAGCAAACAGGCAAGAAUGAGAGCAGGGCUGAUAAACACCAGCUACCAGCAACAGCUGUUUCUGGACCAGAAGAACCAGGGAGCCAACAACUGUAAAAUAAAAGUAAAUCAAACUUUUGCUUUCUGAGCUUCUUAUCAUUACUUCGACUUUAGACAUUUAUGUGUUGUCUCCACCAGUGAAGCCCUGUGGUUGUGCUUCAGCAGACUUCACUCCUCCUAUACCAGGUGGAUUGCAGAAGUCAGAGAUCUUUGUGGAUUAGCAAUCACCAGGAAGGAGCCUGGUUAGCACUCACAACAGAGGCAAUUGGGACAAACCUUAUACAAGGGCAAUAAAAAGGGGAGCUGUGCAGUGAUGUUGCAUCUACUAAAUUCAGUUUUUGCCACAAAGCACAAUACAAGGUCUGAAAAACUUCCCUGCAUUGCAGUAGUGCAAACAGAUCC